AUGGCGUCGCAACAAGCAGCUAUCGAUCGGCUGCAAAUGGUCGUGAUUGACGGCCGGACAGAAAACAUUCGAUAUCGCCAGGACCAACUCCAAGCUCUCCAUGCCGCUCUGCGCAACGAUGCGGGUGCAAUUUGCAAUGCUUUGGCAAAGGAUUCCCAGACUUCGAGUGCAGAGGUUGAGACAGAGUACUACCUUGCCAUGGACACUGUAAGGCAUUGGUACGAGACUCUCGACUUUCCCGAAGAACACAAGAAGGAAUAUGCGCCUGUUGUCGAGGGCAAAGACAAUGCGACGCGCAGGGUGGGUGUUGGUCUGGUGAUUAUCCGUCCCACCAGCCACACCCGGCUGUAUUCCAUCAUUGCACCAUUGGCCGCUGCCAUGAGCGCUGGUAAUUGCAUUGCGGUGGAGCUUGAGGACACCCUUCUCCAAGUCGACGCCAUCCUUCGCAAAGUGCUGCCCGCUGCACUAGAUUUCAAUACUUUUUGCUUGACAAAGACAAUCAAGGACUCGUCGAUACUCGAGAGCGCAACACUUGUCGACCAGACGAGCAGCGCAAGUGCCACCAGCCUCACAAACCAACUUCUCUCUGCCUCCUCGACCCGAGCCGUGGCUAUCGUGGACCGCACAGCAGAUGUAGAUCUGGCUGCCAAGGCUAUUACAAACGCAAGGUUUAGCUUUGGAGGAACAUCGCCGUAUGCGCCUGAUUUGGUAUUGGUCAAUGAGUUUGUCAAGCAAGAGUUUUUCGAGGCUUGCUCCAAGUACGCUACGUUGGCAUUUGCCAAGGACUCUGGAAUCAAGAAAGUCAGUGGUAACCAGAAUGAGGCGACGCGAAAGGCCGUCAAAGAGGCAGAGGACAGGAAGCAAGUGUCGAGUUUUGGCUCAAACGAGUAUAAGCUGGUGGAUGUCUCCGUGAGGUCAUCGCCACUUACACAGCUCAAGGUUAGCGGCCGUAUCCUUCCCAUUGCCAGUGUCUCUGGCUUGGUAGAUGCCAUUUUUACAGAGCAAUUCGAAAAUCCACUACUAGCAGGAUAUUUCUUUGCCUCUCCCGGAUCCGCCAAGUACAUUGCCCAACACCUACCCUGCCACAUCUCCUGCAUCAACCAGAUUCCUGUUCAAUUACUCGUCGGGCCUGCUGCGCCGAUAGCACACGAUGCCGACUUUUACUACCGGUACAACAAGGACAUGUUCUCUGCCGCACGUCCACAGUUUAUCGAGCCGCCAGCAGAGACUUUUACAAAAGCAGAGGAGCUGCUUUUGGGAUCCAAGAAGACCACAACAUCGACCAUUCGGGCGUUGGCGGUCAAGCCGCUCAAGCCUACAGGGCAGCCUGGAAACGCGUCGCUUGGUUUCUUCGAGGCCGGCUUUGUGACCAUGGCCAGCAUCACCUUCUUUGGAUUACUGCCCAUUCUUGCUUACAGCUCGUGGAUGGUGGGACGGAAAGGGUUCGAGUCGGCGUUGCGUUGGAGACAUUGA